AUGCCAACCUUUUGGCCGUCAAUUACCCCAGAGCUUCGAGACUGGGCUUUGCGACAAAGCGUCUUUUUCGUGGCCUCUGCACCUCUGCAAGGACGACAUGUAAAUGUGUCGCCCAAAGGAUUUCCUGACUCGUCCUUCGCCAUCCUUGGUCCUAACGAGGCAGCUUACGUUGAUGCCACCGGCUCCGGGAGUGAGACCAUCAGCCAUGUGCGUGAGAACGGUCGACUUACCAUCAUGUUCUGCUCAUUUGAUGCCUCGCCAGGCAUCGUGCGCUUCUUCUGCACUGGCUCCGUGAUCGAGUACGAUGAGCCUGAGUUCCCUGGGUACCUCGAGCGGAUGGGAGGCAAGAAAGUGGUGGGAGCGCGGGCUAUCAUCCGUCUGAAUGUCUUCAAGGUCCAACGUUCUUGUGGUUAUGGUGUCCCGCGAUUGUCCCUGCAAGUCGACCCCGAAACCAACAACACCAAGCCGUAUCUCCAAGAUCGCGAUACCCUAGGCCAUUGGACAGGCAAAAGAGUCGAGUCCAAUGAGCUUCGCACCUAUCAGAAGGAGUGGAACGUACGAAGUCUGGACGGGCUACCUGGACUACACACUGCGCUCAAGGAUAACCAUCAGCUUGUCUGGUUGAAGCAGUUGGGCAACUGGACUCGUCGUCACAGAGACGAGAUCGAGAUGGUCAAAACCUCCAUUCUGUUGUUGUUUAUUUCUAUGGCUAUCCUGCAAUGGGCAGGAUACGUGUAA